AUCGCCUGAAGGCAGACACAGUCUUAGUUAUUGCGUAUUCGUUAACGGAUCACGCACGCAGCUAGAAAGCUGUGACGACGUCAACUGUUGAGCAAAACGCGAAUUCGCGCAAACGAUCAAAUAGUGAAAGUGUCAAUAAUUAAAUAAAAAUGAAAAACAUAAUUUUCAUCUUCGCAGCAGCGCUGCUGUUGUUCUGCGCCACCUCAGCACGUGGCGAUCUGCUCGAUUGUAAUGAGAAAAUCUUGCCAUCGCUGUCCGAUGUGCCCAUCAUUGGACCGAAGGUGGCCAGCACCGAGGAUAGUGCAGAGCAUCAAGUGCGCGAUUUCUUCAAAAAUGUCGGUUGUCAAAUAAAAAAGGGUGCGGAAAAAGUUUCCGAACAUGCAAAAAAGUUGGGCACCGAACUGAAGCAGAGCGCCAAAAAGUUUGGUGAAAAGGCAAAAGAUCUGGGCUCAGAUAUAAAGGAUAAAUUUGGUGACUUCAAGGACAAAUUUUCAAGUGACUCUGCAGAGGAGCGCGCAACGCAUGAUCUACUACGCAACGUGGAAAUCAUAAAUCCAGAUCUGCUCAAGGCUGAGCAACAAUGCGGUCAUGGGCAUAUUUUGGAUGCAUUAGGCAAUUGCAGUAAAUUGAGGAAAUGAUUUUGAGUUUGAGAAGUUUGAUCAAAGCCUAAAUUUGGUUCCUCAGCAGUGAUGCGUAAUCCCAAAGAAUGUGAAAUUAAGAAAGUUACUAUGAAUUUACCUACAUACAUAUGAUAAGAAAAUAUAAAUUACUCCAAAGCCAAGGCAUAUACAAAUACAUAUAUAAAUAUCAAAGAGAUUGAGUUAAAAAGUCAUGCAUACCUUAGUCAAUAUGAGUUGGAUGUGAGGAUGUGCAACUGAAACUCUAAACAAAAAAAAAAAACAA